GGUGUGCUGCCCUCCCCAGCUCAAACGUUUCCCUUCCCUCCUCCAGUGACCGACUGUGUUGAAGCCCAUCGUCUGUGCUCCACUGAUCCGCAGUGUGAGGCGCUGUACCACGGCCUGGAGCUGUGUGCGGCUGAUGCAGAGGUCUCCACCCUGGGGGAACAAGUGGCCUCUGAGUGCCUGGAGAGGCAGGAUGACCUGUUGGCCAAACACCCCUCACUGUUGGCCUGCAAGUGCCAGCGUGGCUUCCGUAAAGAGGAGCGAUGCCUUCGCAUUUAUUGGAGGGUUCGUCUUCUGCCAGGGAAGGACGAACUGGAAAUAUCUCCAUAUGACGACUCGUUGACAGACACCCGGAUGGCCUCCUUGGUGUCAGCUUCAUCUUUCAUUCAGCUGGACGGUGAGAAUCAGUGUCUGAAGGCAGCACAGGACUGUGGCCUGUAUGAAAAAUGUGGUUCUCUGCGCUCCGAGUAUGUCCUGGCCUGCACCAAACCCAUGUCUGGGACCAGCCGAUGCAACCAGUAUAAGUGCCAUCGGGCCCUCAGGCGCUUCCUGGAGCGGGUACCUGAAGAGUACAGCCUGGGCGUCCUGUUCUGCCCCUGCACCAACACUCUGUGUGGUGAGAGGAGGAGGAAAACCAUUGUGCCCUCCUGCUCCUACCAGGACAUGGAGGGUCUGCAGCCAAACUGUCUCCACCAGCAGAGCUUCUGUCGCCGAGAUGACCUGUGCAGGUCCAGACUUGCAGAUUUCCUCAGUAACUGUCAGCCUUCUCAUCAGAUGGCCAGUGGAUGUUUGAAAGACUCAACAGGUCUCUGCCUGCGAGCCUACGCUGGACUCAUAGGAACUAUCAUGACGCCCAACUACAUCAGCAACACCUCAGCUGACGUGUCACUGUGGUGCAACUGUGAAGGCAGCGGGAACCAGUGGCAGGACUGUCUGAGACUGCAGCGCCUCUUCACCCACAACACCUGUCUGCGUAACGCCAUCAGCUGGAUGGGAAGUCCCGGCUCCCUGCCCUCCGAGGCUACUCAGCCCCCACCUCCCAGACCCUCCCCUCUGGUUCAAGAAGACGAGCUGCUGAGCAGCAACCACCUGCCUGAACUCCACAACGAUGUGGUGGAGAGUGAUGAAGAGGAGGAACUAACCCAGACUAUUAGAGAAGAAGGGGAUGAAAGUGACCAGUUUGAAGUCAUCCAGCUCUACUCAGAAAAGGCUACUAUCUCCAACCUGGGCUCCUCUGGAACAGGGGGGGCAGUGUCCCUCAGCACCAACCCUGCUGAAGCAGUACUGCUGCUCGUCCUUCUCCUAACUGCAGCCCUCAGCUGGGGGUAGAACAGUGGACAACACACAUUCACACACACGCAAAUAAAAUGGCUCCGCCAACAACUCCGGACUGAUCGC